CGUGUAUAUGUUACAGUUAAAGUGUUGAAUCAGUUAGUUUAUGAAAUAACUAGGUAAUUUAUAAAAUAACUAAAGCUUGUAGGUAAUGUAUAUAGUUUAUACUUUAACUAGUUAUUUUAUGCAUUCCCUGGCAUCACUUAGUUAAUGUGUCAAAUUGUAAAUAACGCCACCCCGCGCAACACGAAUCAGACGGCGCGUCAACUGUACCGCGCUAUACCACUCCACACGCCGCGCGACGCGCAACGCGCCGUGUGAUCCCACCUUUACAUUUCAACAAUUUAAUAUAACACAUUAAAUCAGAUAAGAUUAUCGGUGACCGCAAUGUACGUUUAUCGUGUUAUUAUAAGAUAAUCGUUUAUCGUGUUAUUAUAAGAUUUUUGUUGUUGGUAUUUGGUACAUGUAUUAUACAGGUUUAAAGUUUAGUAAUAGUUUUACAGUCACACGUGUUCGCUGUUAGUUCGUUUGUCUCUACACUAUUAUUUUAAGUAUUAACUAUAUUGUUCACAAUGAAUGAAUUAGAUUUAAUGAAAGAAAAGUUUUAUAUUAGUGUUAAAAAUCGUUUAUUAAAACCAAAUAGUGCAGUUUUAACAAAAGAAAAAUAUGCAAGUUUGAUGAUAGACGUGAGAAAAAUGAAAAUAAAAAAGGAAUCUUCUCGUGACUAUUGGUUAGAAAAACAUUACGAUAUUGUAAAAAUAAACGGCAUUGAAAAAUUAAUACUACCCGUAAGUAAUCAAAAUGAAAAUGUUAAAUUAUAUGUUAUGAUUGAAGAAAUAUUUGAUUAUUUACAUGAAAUUCAUAUUUCUAUUGGACACGGGGGCAGAGAUCGCAUGUUAUAUGAAAUAAAUAAACGUUAUAAAAAUAUUACUCAAUCUGAUGUUAAGCAAUACUUAGAUUUGUGUAUACCUUGCCAGCAAAAAAAAAAAAGUCAAAAAAAAGGUAUUGUUGUAAAACCAAUGGUGUUUGAAGAUUUUAACAGCCGUUGCCAAAUUGAUUUAAUUGAUUUUCAAUCUCAGUCUGACGCAGGGUAUAAAUUUGUUUUGGUUUAUCAGGACCAUCUGACCAAAUUUUGUAUUUUAAGACCUUUGAAAUGUAAAAGAGCUGAACAGAUUGCAUACGUUCUUUUGGAUAUUUUUUGUUUAUUUGGUGCUCCCUCAGUACUGCAAUCGGAUAACGGCCGAGAAUUUUGUAAUGAAAUUGUAAAUUCUUUAAAAGAGAUGUGGCCCGAAUUGACUAUUGUCCAUGGCAAACCACGACAUAGCCAAUCUCAGGGCAGCGUAGAGAGAGCAAACCAGGAUAUUGAAAAUAUGCUGACUACGUGGAUGCAAAGCAAUAAUACCAACAAAUGGAGUGAAGGCCUUCGGUUUGUACAAUUUAUGAAGAAUAAAGCUUUACAUUCCGGAAUUAAACGUAGUCCAUACGAAGCAAUGUUUGGUAGUGUACCAAAAACUGGACUAUCUUCAAGUCUUCUACCUAAAGUUAUCUUGCGUAAAAUGGAAUCUGAAGAAGAAGCUGUAAGUCAACAAACUAUUAACUCAGGGCUAGAGACAGAAACCCGAUUGGAUAAUAUGGAUGACGUUACUGACGUAGAUCGACCAACAGUUGGCACAGAAAAAGAUAUAGUUCAUUUAAAUAUUGCUACGGAUGACGUUACUGACGUAGAUCGACCAACAGUUGGCACAGAAAAAGAUAUAGUUCAUUUAAAUAUUGCUACGGAGAGGAAAAAAGCUAAAGAAAAUUUGGAAAAACAGGCAAAAAGAAUGAAAGAUUUAUCAAAUACUAAAUUUGCGGUUGCUAAUAUUGGUUCUACAGUGCGUAUCAAAAUUCCCGAUGUUGAUAGAGGAAAGGGUGAUCCUCGUUCAAUUAUUGCAGUUGUUUUAAAAUUAACUGACGAUGGGUUUUAUCAACUGGGAUGCAAUGAUGGUAAGAAAAAUUUAAAUAAUACAAGUAAUUUUUUAUUUUUUAUUUUAAUUUUUUAUUUAUUUGUUACCUACCUUAAACAUUAUAUAAUUACAGGAGUGUUAAACAACUAUACUCUCGAUCCCAGUUCACAGUAUGUUCAGAAAAUUUGUUAGCUGUAGAAGCUGUUCCAAAUGAAAGUAUUACAUUAAGAUCUGCGGCAACUGCGCAGUCACUGGGAACUGGUCAGGGUUUUUUUAAAUGCACUUGUACCAAAAAAUGUGACACAAAGCGAUGUGUUUGUAGAAAAAAAGAGGUGUUGUGCAACUCUAAAUGCCAUAAUAGCCUUACAUGUACAAAUAAAUAAAUAAUAUAACUAUAAUUAAUUCAUAAUUCAGUAAAAUAAAAUAUUAUAAUAUAUAUUUUAAAUUUUAAUGUAUUUUAUACUUUAACGGAUAUCAAACUGAAAUUGUACAGAAUAACUAGAUAUUCUAUGAAAUAACUAGUUAAAGUACAAUUUUCAUGUAUUAUUUCAUACUUUAACUAAUAUUCGUAGGUAAUUCAUGAACUACCUAGUUAUUUCAUAAAAUAACGGAAUUCAACACUUUAGCUG